UGCUCGGGCAGCAGGGAUUGCAGGACGGCCAGUCCCGGAGCAGCCGUGGCCGGGGCAGCCGGACGCCCACGGCGCGGGCCGCCAUCGUCAGAGAAGUCAUUCAGAAUUCAAAAGAAGUUUUGAGUUUGUUGCAAGAAAAAAACCCUGCCUUUAAGCCGGUGCUUGCUAUUAUUCAGGCAGGUGAUGAUAACUUGAUGCAGGAAAUAAACCAGAAUUUGGCAGAGGAGGCUGGUCUGAACAUCACUCACAUCUGCCUCCCUCCAGACAGCGGUGAAGAUGAGAUUAUAGAUGAAAUCUUAAAGAUUAAUGAGGACACCAGAGUACAUGGCCUUGCCCUUCAGAUUUCUGAGAACUCGUUUAGCAACAAAGUCCUUAAUGCCUUGAAGCCAGAAAAAGAUGUGGAUGGAGUAACAGAUAUAAACCUGGGGAAGCUGGUACGUGGGGAUGCCCAUGAGUGUUUUGUUUCACCGGUUGCCAGAGCUGUAAUUGAACUUCUUGAAAAAUCAGGUGUAAACUUAAAUGGAAAGAAGAUCUUGGUCAUUGGGGCCCAUGGAUCUUUGGAAGCUGCCGUGCAAUGCCUGUUCCAGAGGAAAGGCUCCAUGACAAUGAGCUGCCAGUGGGAAACGCCUCAGCUUCAAAGCAAGCUUCAUGAGGCUGACAUUGUGGUCUUAGGCUCGCCUAAGCCAGAAGAGAUUCCCCUUAGUUGGAUACAACCAGGGACUACUGUUCUCAAUUGUUUCCAUGACUUUCUGUCAGGGAAACUUGAAUGUGGGUCUCCCAAGGUACAUCCUAGUGGUCUCAUUGUAGAAGACGAUGUGAGCCUCCUUGCUGCAGCUUUGCGAAUUCAGAAUGUGGUCAGCAGUGGAAGGAGAUGGCUUCGUGAACAGCAGUACACAAGGUGGAGGCUUCACUGUUUGAAACUUCAGCCUCUCUCCCCUGUACCAAGUGAUAUUGAGAUUUCAAGAGGACAGACUCCAAAAGCAGUGGAUGUCCUUGCCAAGGAGAUAGGAUUGCUUGCAGAUGAAAUUGAAAUCUACGGCAAAAGCAAAGCCAAAGUACGUUUGUCUGUGUUGGAAAGGUUAAAAGAUCAAGCAGAUGGAAAAUACGUCUUAGUAGCUGGGAUCACACCCACCCCUCUUGGCGAAGGGAAAAGCACAGUUACGAUUGGGCUUGUUCAGGCUCUGACUGCACACCUCAAUGUCAACUCCUUCGCCUGCUUGAGGCAGCCUUCUCAAGGACCGACGUUUGGAGUCAAAGGAGGCGCCGCGGGUGGCGGAUAUGCCCAGGUCAUCCCCAUGGAGGAGUUCAACCUUCACCUUACUGGUGACAUCCACGCCAUCACUGCAGCCAACAACUUGCUGGCAGCUGCUAUUGACACAAGGAUUUUGCAUGAAAAUACUCAAACAGAUAAGGCUUUGUAUAAUCGACUGGUUCCAUUAGUGAAUGGUGUACGAGCAUUUUCAGAAAUUCAACUUGCUCGAUUGAAAAAGCUGAGCAUCCAUAAGACUGACCCAAGCAUGCUGACAGAAGAGGAGAUAAGCAGAUUCACCCGUCUCAACAUCGACCCCUCAACCAUCACAUGGCAGAGAGUACUGGACACAAAUGACCGAUUUCUACGAAAAAUAACAAUUGGGCAGGCAAACACGGAGAAGGGAUUUUCCCGCCAGGCGCAGUUUGACAUUGCCGUGGCCAGCGAGAUCAUGGCAGUGCUGGCCCUGACCGACAGCCUCAAGGACAUGAAGGAGCGGCUGGGACGAAUGGUGGUGGCCAGUGACAAAAAUGGGCAGCCUGUGACUGCAGAAGAUUUGGGAGUGACAGGUGCUUUGACAGUUUUGAUGAAAGAUGCGAUAAAACCAAAUCUGAUGCAGACCCUAGAAGGGACACCUGUGUUCGUGCAUGCUGGCCCCUUUGCUAACAUUGCUCAUGGCAACUCCUCAGUGUUGGCUGAUAAAAUUGCUCUGAAGCUGGUUGGUGAAGAAGGAUUUGUAGUAACUGAAGCUGGCUUUGGUGCUGACAUUGGAAUGGAGAAAUUCUUCAACAUCAAGUGCCGAGCUUCGGGCUUGGUGCCCAACGUCGUUGUGUUGGUGGCAACGGUGCGGGCUCUGAAGAUGCAUGGGGGCGGGCCGAGCGUAACUGCUGGCGUCCCUCUUAAGAAAGAAUAUACAGAGGAGAACAUUCAGCUGGUGGCAGAUGGCUGCUGUAACCUGCAGAAGCAAAUUCAGAUUGCCCAGCUCUUUGGGGUACCUGUCGUAGUGGCUCUGAACGUCUUCAAGACCGACACCAGUGCCGAGAUCGACGUGGUGUGUGAGCUGGCAAAGCGGGCUGGGGCCUUCGACGCUGUCCCCUGUCACCACUGGUCAAUCGGUGGGAAAGGGUCGGUGGAACUGGCAAGGGCCGUGAGGGAAGCUGCGAGUAAGAGAAGUCAUUUCCAGUUCCUGUAUGACGUCCAGCUACCAAUUGUGGAAAAGAUAAGAACCAUUGCCCAGGCUGUCUAUGGAGCCAAAGAUAUAGAACUGUCUCCUGAGGCACAAUCCAAAAUAGAACGUUACACUCAACAGGGUUUUGGAAAUUUGCCCAUCUGCAUGGCAAAGACCCACCUUUCUCUGUCUCACCAACCUGACAAGAAAGGGGUACCAAGGGGCUUCAUCUUGCCCAUCAGUGAUGUCCGGGCCAGCAUAGGCGCUGGGUUCAUUUACCCUCUGGUCGGAACGAAUGUUCCCAGUGAUGGCAGCUCUUCAGUACUAAUGGUCUCCCUGAAGACAGUAGGCAGAGGCCUUUACUUCAGAGUAAGGGUUCAGGUGGGCGGUGCAGGCCCAGAGAGCCUAGACCGCCAGGAGAGACAAAGGGGCCAUGAGGGCCGUCACGGAACGUGAAAAGAGUGGACAUUCUGAGGAGAAUUUUAGCCUUGUUCCUUUGUCGAGUCUUGUCCUACACAGAUUCCGAAUGCUGCAGUAGUUCACCCAGUAAAUUCAUUCUUCACUCGUUUGGUCACUGUGCCUAGGGCAUUGUGCUGAGGGCUAUGGGGAGCCCCAAAAUAAACACAUUUUCUUCGCUUCAGGCAGCAUGUAGUUUAGGAGAGGUGGAUAGUCAGGAGUGAAUUGAUGAGGAAAAUGGUUUAUUAUAAAAAUUGUGAAUUUUAUUGAUACUUUAAUUAGUUUCUGAGCAUUAAUAGUCAUUAACUAAAAAUCAUAAUAUACUUUAAAACCUUUAGAGU